AUGACUCGAGGUAGCAGCGCGCGGCGCCGCGAGCUGUGCAUUCGGCGCAUGCAGGAGGUGCAUCAAUAUUCGAUGCUCGCGGUAGACAACGUGGCCAUGAGGCCAACCUUCCUUGUUCGGUAUCCGGCUGUAGCGCAAUUAGUUCAGGAUUUUGAGGAGGCCCACCUCCAAAUAAUCCAAGACGCUACGGAUGAAGAAUUCGCCCAAGAAGACGUGAUACGUAAUGAAUUUGACACAAUGCGGUUCGCGGUAAUAGGGCGUUACGAAAGCUUCGUUCCCGCGCGGGAGACCGACGAAUCCGCGCGGAGCGCGCCGCCGGCGCAUCACUCCGCGAUCAAAUUACCGAAGAUCGCCCUUCCUCAAUUUAACGGUGAUCUUGACAAAUGGCCGUCGUUUAUCGCGCUGUAUAACCAGGCGAUCCACGAAAAUCGCGGUGUGUCCGCGAUCGAGAAAUAUCAAUAUUUGUUGGCCUCGCUAUCGGGAGAGGCUCUCGGCGUAGUGAGAAACCUGCCAUUGACCGCGGAAAAUUACGAGAUCGCGUAUGAUGCUCUUUGGGAGCGCUACCAGAAUAGGCGCAAAUUAGCGACGCAGUACUGGCGUUCGUUCGUACACGCCAAACCGUUGGUUGCGGAUUCCGCCGAAUCACUCCGCGCGUUACUGGACGUGUUCACCGAAAACACGCGCGCCCUGAGUAUGCUGGAUUAUCCGGUCGACGCGUGGGACUUUAUGCUGCUUAAUCAUUUGCUCGAAAAGCUCACUCCCACGCUCCGGGAGAAAUUCGAAGCGGCCCACAUGACCGUGGAAUCGCCGCGGUAUGAUCAGUUAACGAAAUUUCUAGCGGGAUACUGCACGGUUCUCGCGUCGGCGUCGGGCUCUUCGGCGCAACCGAGUAAAAGGAAGGCCGCGUCGACCACCUCGCUCGUCGUCCAAAACGCCGCGUGCCCUAAAUGUACGGAGCAGCAUUUGCUGGCUAAGUGCCCCGUUUUCCUGCAGCUCUCGGUCCGGGAGCGGCACAAUUUUGCUCGCGAAUCGGGGCUCUGCCUAAACUGCCUCCGCGCGGGACAUAACUUGAAGAAUUGCUCUAGCCCGUUUACCUGCCGGCAUUGUCAGGCAAAGCAUCACUCGCUCCUGCACUUCGGGCAGGCCAGCGCCCCAUCGCUCGAGGCCGCCUCGGCGGUCACUCCAGUCGCGGACAUCCCUGCGGCUCCGGCGGAUACGGGCGAUGGCCCGAUCGUCUCCCUGGCGAGCACUUCGAGUCGCGUAGUCCUGCUCUCGACGGUGCGUGCGGAGGCGCUCGACGCUCACGGCAUCGCCUUCCCGGUUCGUGUAUUGCUCGAUAGCGCGAGUCAGGCUAAUUUCGUCUCGGAGAGCUGCCUUCAGCGGGGCGGCUACGCUCGGGCAAGGCAUCGUGCGACGGUGAUGGGCGUCGGCGAAACGAAGGCCGCCACUACUAGAGGCCUUACCUCAUUCGUAAUCCGGGUGCGAGAUGAGCCCGACAUUCGAUUUCCGGUGGAAGCCACCGUGCUCCCUCGCAUCACCUCGCCGUUGCCUGGUAGCCGUGUCGAUUCCAAACCGUGGAAUCACCUGCGGGGGCUGCCCCUCGCAGAUCCAGAAUUUUAUUUGCCCGGCUCCAUCGAUAUUCUGCUGGGGGCGGAAUCCUUUGUGUCCGUGUUGCGCGACGGUCGGCGUACCGGUAAAAACGGGGAACCGGACGCCUUUAACACAGCAUUCGGCUGGGUUUUGAUGGGCGCGGUCUCUCCUUCGCUUCACGCGCAAUCCGUGCACUCCUUCGCCACCACUAUCGAGUCGAUUGACGCCGCGGUGGGGCAGUUCUGGAAAUUGGAGGAGGUUCCCGAAUCUAUUCCUUGCUCCGAACAGGAUCGGCGUUGCAGGGAGAUAUUCGACCAAACCACCUAUCGUGACCAUUCGGGCCGCUUUGUUGUCUCAUACCCGUUCAUCUCGGACCCCCCUACGUUCGUAGAUUCGCGACCGAUAGCCGUCAAUCGACUGCGCGCUCUCGAGCGUCGUUUCAAGUCUAAUGGGGAGUUUCGAGAGGGCUAUAACGCGUUUAUGCAGGACUAUUUAGAUAGCGGCCACAUGGAGUUGGCGAGCGAUCCUUUCCCCGCGGACGGUCGCGUGUACUAUUUGCCCCAUCACGGGGUUUACAAGCUGGACAGCGCGACCACAAAACUUCGCGUAGUUUUUGAUGCUUCGUCGAAAUGCCCGAACGGGCUAUCCUUAAACGAUACCUUGCUCAGUGGCCCGAAAUUGCAGCCCGACAUAGUCGCGGUUCUACUUCUCUUUCGCGCGGAGCCCGUGGCCAUUACCGCGGACGUAAAGCAAAUGUUCCGGCAGAUCUGGAUCCACCCGGAGCAUCGCAAUUAUCAGCGCAUCGUCUGGCGCUUUUCGGAAUCGGAACCGAUCCUCGAUUACAUACUCACGACGGUCAUAUUCGGCACCACGGCCUCUCCGUUUCUGGCGAUUUAUUGUUUGCUCAAAUUGGCCCACGACAAUCGGAGUAAGUACCCGUUGGUGUACGCGGCGCUGAUCGAGUCUCUCUACGUGGACGACGUCGUCGUCAGUGUCCGCACCGUUGAGAGAGCUGUUGCGCUCCGCGAUCAAUUGCUCGAGCUUUUUCGGAGUGCUGGAUUUGAGUUGCGGAAGUGGGCGAGUAGCCACCCCGCCGCGUUGGGUGGCCUCGAUCCGGAAAUCUGCAGUCAGAAGACGCUUUCCUUUGAGUCGGCCGACGAUCAAGCGCUUAAGGUUCUGGGUCUUCGUUGGCACUCGCAGUCGGACAGUUUCGGGUUUCAGCUAAACUCUCUGACGCGAGGAUGCACAAAGCGAACGAUACUGUCGGAGGUAGCACGCAUAUUUGAUCCAUUGGGUUUCUUGGCGCCGUUGACCUUCACCGCAAAACGAUUGAUCCAACGGUUGUGGACCUUGAAGCUCGAGUGGGACGACGAGCCCCCAUCAGAUGUUCGCCAUCAGUGGGAACGAUAUAAGUCGGAGUUCGACGCGUUGGCUCCCCUGCGAAUACCCCGUACCUUUCCCUCGGGCGCGAACGUUCGGCACGAAUUGCAUGGAUUUUGCGAUGCGAGCGAGCAGGGAUAUGGGGCCGUCGUGUACUUGCGUACGGUCGCUCCGGCGGAGACCGGGGUCGCGAUACUUUGUGCGAAAUCUAAGGUGGCUCCAUUGCGCGCUAUUUCCCUUCCCCGUUUAGAGCUCUGCGCUGCGGUACUUCUCGCGAAUCUGCUCGCGUACGUCCGCCGGGUCCUGCAGGGACACAUGAAAAUCGACGCCGAGUACGCCUGGUCCGAUGCCCGGGUGGCCCUGUGUUGGAUCCGCUCUUCCCCGCAUCGAUGGAAGACCUUUGUUCGCAACCGCGUUGCUCGGAUACAGGACAAGAUCCCGAUCUCGGCGUGGGGUCAUGUGGCCACCGAGUUCAACCCAGCCGAUCACUGCUCCCGUGGGCUUUUCCCUCGCGAACUCGUGGCCAAUUCACUGUGGUGGAGAGGCCCUGAGUGGCUCAUAGACUUCGAAUCUCGCACCGGGCCGACACUCUCUGAGGAAACUCUCCCAUGCGAGGAGGAGCGGAUCACAGCCCUCGUCGCCUGCGACCCCCCUCAUUCUAUACUUUCGCUAUUAGAUAAGUUUUCGUCAUUGGAUAAGAUUUGUAGGAUUAUCGCGUAUCUUCUAAGAUUCACUCGUCGAUCCGGGGCCAAGUCGGUGCCCGCGACCUUGGCCGUGGAUCAACUCGAGGCGCAGUCGGCGCUACUAGUUGUAGUUAAACUCGUCCAAUCGAUUUCCUUCAGUGAAGAAAUCGAUCAACUUCGAACCGGGAGGAGGCUGCCCAAACCGUUUAUUAGACUUGCCCCCUUUCUUGACCCAACGGGUGUUCUCAAGGUGGGCGGCAGACUCGCCCACUCGGGGCUGACGCUUGAGGCCAAGCAUCCUGUGCUCCUCCCCAGCAAACACCGACUUACCGAGCUCGUCAUCGAGCAGACACAUCGUACGCAUCUGCACCCGGGGAGACGCACGCUCCAAUAUUUGCUCGCCCAGCGAUUCUGGAUAAUCGGGGUCCAUCGCGCAAUCCGCCGCGUCUUAGCCGAUUGCUACAUGUGCUUCCGAGCAAAUCCUCGCGCUCUCCAGCCUCCUAUGGCCGAUCUCCCGGCCGACCGGGUUAAUGCAGUCAAAGCGUUUUCAAUCAGCGGUGUAGACUUCGCGGGGCCGUUCUCGAUCGUACCCCGCCGAGCUCGGGGAGUCUCCUCCUUCAAGGCUUAUGUAUGCCUGUUCGUUUGCUUCACAAUUAAGGCGACCCAUUUAGAAGUCGUUCUUUCAUUAUCUACAGACUCCUUUCUCGCUGCGCUGCGACGCUUCGUAUCCCGUCGCGGACGCUGCUCACUCUUGUAUAGUGAUUGCGGAACGAAUUUUGUGGGAGCAGCGCGAGAACUCGAGCAGCACAUGUGCCACGCGGCGGAGCGAGAAAGGAUCCAAUGGUCCUUCAAUCCUCCCUCGGCGCCCCAUUUCGGGGGCAUCUGGGAGUCGAAUGUUAAAUCGUUUAAAACCCACCUUCGACGAGUGGUGGGGGACCAAAUCCUUUCGUUGGAGGAGUUCACGACGGUCCUUACCCAGAUAGAGUCCGUUUUGAACUCUCGACCCCUCUGUCCGCUGAGCACCGAUCCCUUGGAUUUGGAAGUCCUGUCGCCCGGACAUUUCUUGACUAUGGAGCCGCUCGUGGCCGUCCCUUCGCCCGACCUGACUCCGCUGGCGACGAGUCGCUUAGGCCGGUGGCAGCUGGUACAGCGGAUGCACCAGGAUUUCUGGAAGCGCUGGCACAAGGAGUAUCUCCAUACUUUACAGCAGCGUCCCAAGUGGUGGAUCCCCGCCAACCCGCUCACCGUGGGCUCGUUGGUACUUAUCAAGGACGAUAACGCGUCCCCGUUGCGUUGGAAACGCGGCCGUGUAGAAGCGCUACAUCUCGGUAUCGAUGGUGUCCCGCGUGUCGCCACGGUUCGGGUGGCGGACGGCUCGAUCCUGCGUCCCCUGGUGAAGCUAUGCCCCUUGCCGACGGGCACACCACGGGCCGCGGAUUCCGAGUAA